AUGGAGGGUCGUCUAAACGGGUCCGGCACUACCCAAGCCGUCACCGCUGGUGUCCCCCCUCGUCUUCACACGGUUAAGCCCAUGGGCAUAACAAUUUUCAACCGUGUAUUUGCAACAAUUUAUGCUCUUGCCAUUUUAGCUCUACUCUAUUACCAUGCAAAAACACUCUUCUACUCCACAACUUUAGUCUCUUGCUCUAUAACCCUCGCCUUGUUAGUCUCCGACCUUGUCCUUACAUUCAUGUGGAUCAACACACAGACUUUUCGCAUGCGUCCAGUCUAUCGUAAACAAUUCCUUGAAAACGUCGAAAAAGUCAUGAAAAGAAGUGAUUUUCCAGCUUUGGAUGUGUUUAUAUGCACUGCUGAUCCAUACAAGGAGCCACCAAUAGGUGUAGUGAAUACGGCUUUAUCAGUUAUGGCUUAUGACUAUCCAACAGAGAAGAUUUCAGUGUAUGUAUCUGAUGAUGGAGGCUCAACCUUGACUCUCUUUGCUUUCUUGGAGGCUGCUAAGUUCGCUACCCACUGGUUACCAUUUUGCAAGAAGAAUAAUAUACUAGAGAGGAGCCCUGAGGCAUAUUUUGAAUUAACUCACCACAGAUAUACCUCCGAGGCUGAAAAGAUUAAGGUGAUGUAUGAAAAUAUUAAAGUCAAGAUAGAGCAUGCUCUUGAGAGAGGAAAAGUUGAUGAUCAGUACAUCACUAGGGACCGAGAACGAGAGGCUUUCAACAAGUGGACUGAUAACUUCACACGACAAGACCAUCCUGCUGUUAUUCAGGUUUUGCUAGACGCUAGCAAGGACAAAGACGUCGCUGGUUAUUGGAUGCCAAACCUCAUCUACGUCUCUAGAGGAAAAAGCAAGGCUUUACCUCACCACUUCAAAGCCGGUGCCCUCAAUGCCUUACUACGAGUAUCAAGCUGCAUGACCAACGCACCGAUAAUCUUGACUCUAGAUUGUGACUUCUGCUCGAAUGAUCCACAAACACUUCUACGUGCAAUGUGUUAUUUAUGCGAUCCAGCAAUUCGGUCCACGUUAGCAUAUGUUCAAUUUCCUCAAAUAUAUCGUGGAAUCAACAAAAAUGACAUCUAUUGUGGAGAAUAUAAGCGUUUGUUUGUUAUUAAUCCUAUGGGAAUGGAUGGAACAGAGGGCCCUAAUUAUGUUGGAACUGGAUGUUUCUUUCUUCGGCGAGCUUUCUUUGGAAGUCCAUCAAGCCUAAUCUCACCAGAAAUUCCUGAACUAUCCCCAGCACAUGUCGUAGACAAGCCUAUCCAAUCACAGUCAAUUUUGGCAAUGGCACAUCAAGGAGCAAAUAGCAAUUAUGAGAACCAAACCAACUGGGGCUCUAAGAUUGGAUUCAGAUAUGGAUCGUUGGUAGAGGAUUAUUACACGGGUUUUAGGUUGCAGUGCGAGGGGUGGAAAGGCAUAUUUUGUCAUCCUGAUAGGCCUGCGUUUUUUGGCGAUGUUCCUAUCAACUUGACUGAUGCUCUGAAUCAACAAAAGAGAUGGUCAAUUGGACUUCUUGAGGUGGGCUUCUCGAAGCAUAGCCCGGCAACCUUCGGUGUUAGAUCCAAGGGUAUUUUGAUGGGGCUUGGUUAUGCACAAUUAGCAUUUUGGGCCAUUUGGUCAAUUCCAAUCACUACCUAUGCUUUCCUUCCCCAGCUAGCCCUUCUUAACAAAGUUUAUAUAUUCCCGAAGGUUUCAGAGCCAUGGUUUUUCUUGUAUGCCUUUCUUUUCUUGGGGGCCUAUGGACAAGACUGUCUUGAUUUUGUCUUAGCCGGAAUUUCAGCAUUUGGCUUUACCGUGACAAGCAAAGUACUUGAUGAUGAACAGAGUAAACGAUAUGAACAAGGGAUGUUUGAGUUUGGGGUACAUUCGCCCAUGUUUGUGACCCUAACAAUGGCAGCCAUAAUUAAUUUAAUCUCAUUAGUCCAAGGACUUAUUGAAGUUUACAGAGGAGACAACUUGGAGGAACUAUUUGUGCAGUUGUUCAUAUCUGGUUUUGCUGUGGUGAAUUCUUGGCCAAUUUAUGAAGCUAUCGCUUUGAGAAAUGAUAAGGGGAAAAUGCCCACCAAAACCACCAUUAUGGCAACACUUCUUGCAGGUGCAUUAUAUAUAACAGCUUCUUCAUUUUCAGGUAAGAAUUAA